GUUUUAGAACUAACCGAAAGCAUUACCGCGGUAAAUGGGGUUUUGUGAAAUUGUGUAAACUAUUAUUAGUUUUGCUUUAAUAACCAAACCAUAGAGUCGUAAAUAGUUGCUUUGAUACAUGUAUACAUACCGGACGUCAACGGAUCACGUGGUUUAAGUUAUGUCACGUGACACGAGGCAGCAACCAAGACGUGAGACGCCUUCAGACUCAGAGAGAAGACGCGCCCAUCGUAAUAUCGUUGAACACAGAAAGCUUGAUGUCGAUGCAUGCGACAGGAGUCAACAAUGAUUACAUCCACAUAUUUCUGUAUCAUAUGGCGACCGCUAAGAAGCUGACCGAAAACCACCUCACCUGCGUCAUCUGUACAGAUGUGUUCACAGACCCUGCCACACUUCAGUGUCAUCAUACAUUCUGCAAGUCCUGUCUGCUGAAAUACACCAAGACACAGCCGGAAGCAGUACAAGCCAAGUCCCUACCAUGUCCCUCCUGUAGACAACAGACGAAGGUGACCAACCCUGACAGUCCAGUAGAGGAGUGGGUCAGUCAGCUGAAACCAAGCCACGUCAUGCAGGGGCUAAUGGACGACUUUGGACCCGGCACAAAGGCUGUGGAGGAACAUGUGUGCAGUGUUUGUACAAAACAAGGAAAGACAACUCCAGCCACUUAUUGGUGCUCUGUCUGCGAUGUUGUGUACUGUGAAGGAUGUCUCCAGAUGCACAACAUGAUACCAGGGUUGUGUGACCAUGAAGUAGCUCACUUGUCUGAUCACACCAAAUCAAAGGUCAAGCGUCGCUUCAUGUGUCAAGUCCACAGAGACAAACCGAUAGAGUUGUUCUGUAAAGACUGCGAGCAGGCAAUAUGCACGAUAUGCUGCUGUAUAAAACACAGGACAUGUAAGGAUGUUGAUACAAUAGAGAGUAUGACCCCUCUUGUGAAGGAACAACUGACAAGCAAAAUAGAGACACUCGGAAUCAACAUUGCAGCUGCGAAUAAUAUCCUAACCCGGAGAAAAUCUAAAAUUCAAGAUGUGAAGAGUAAUUCACAAACCCUUAAAGAUCAAGUCAUGAAGACACGGGAAACAGUGAUGUGUGCUAUUUUAAGAAAAGAGAAGCAACUCCUUGGUGACAUCGACAAAGCUACUGAUGAACAAUUACAUGAGUUACAAGCAGAUAUACAAUCCCAGGAGAUCGAGCUACAGAUGUACCAGCAGCAGUAUGAGUUCACAGCCAAUGCUGUGACGUCCGACUGUGAGGUGGACAUGUAUGCCGUCUAUGAGUCGAUGUGUGAGACUUCUACAGACAACAGAGACACGGACAACAGACCAGCAGCAAGAAGGGUUGUAUUCACACAAAACCUGGACAAGCUGAGUAAAGCAGUUGAUGAGCUACAGCUGGGGGAGGUUCAAGUCGUCCAUGAUGUGAGUGACCCCAGGUCUUCUCCUGUUCUACUUCACACCAUUGACUGCAAGGAAGAUGGGGACAGGGAGUAUCCUUUGGUGCGUGACGUGACACUGUUGACUGUUGAUGGCAUCAAAGUGGUGGUAGUUGCAGAUUAUGAUAACAAGAGACUCAAAACAUACUACACAUCAAACUUCAAAUCCUUUCAUUAUCAGCUCCUGCUUUCUAAUUAUCCUUGGCAAAUAGCCAAGUUAUGUGAGAGUCAGAUAGCUGUCAGUGUUCCAGACAGUAAGGAAAUAGUCAUUGUGAAUGUUACCCCAGGUCCUGUAUUGCUGUCAACUAUCAAAACAAGCAAGGAUUACUUCGAACUGGCCUGUCUGAGUCCUUCACAGCUGGUGGCAGGUGGAUAUGGACAGUCUCACUGUGUGGACAUACUGGACAUGACAGGGAGGAGACUGAGGUCUAUCAACACGGGGAUCAUAGGGAGUCCAGACUACAUCCAUGUCACCAGAAACAACAACUUGAUAGUCAGUGCAGGAGGAGUAAAAUCCCUUGUAUGUGUGACCAGUGAAGGGGACGCUGUUUUCACCUACACUCCCACAGGAGACAGAGCUCUGACAUGUCCUCUAGGUAUCACAACAACCAGCACAGGAGAUAUCCUGCUUGUAGACCAUGACUCCCACAAGGUUAUUCAGCUGACACAAUCGGGGCAGUUUGUCAGAGAUGUCCUCACACAACAAGAUGGUCUGGAAUAUCCUCGUGGUGUAUGUCUUGAUGGUGACGGUCUGCUGUGUGUUACGUCUGCAAGAUAUGUAAAAAUAUUCAAAUUCUGGGCCGCUGAAUUUUAAAAUAGAGAUAAUUUUUAUCUCCAUACACAGUUGAAGAUAUACAAAAUUGACAACCGACAAGAAGUCCAGAUCGGCUUUUGUAAACGUAAUUCACCAUGUCAUUGAUUAAACAGAGGACGAUCUUUCACAUGUAGAAAUGUGACCUGGUUUGUAAAGGACAUUUGUUAAAGGAACGCAUAGUGACGGUUGUCCUGAUUAUGUUUCUAGGUUUGUCAGCACCAUACCUGUGCUCCUGGGUUUUACCAAUAAGGGCAUACCGUCUGAGACCUGCAUCACUUCGGCUUUCCUUCCACAUUAAGCUGACCCGCCGUGAUAUAACUGGAAUACUGUUCAAAGCAGCAUAAAACCCAACUCACUCACUCACAGUGACAGAACUAAAUGAGAAACCUGUUCACAUAGUUGGGUAUGGUUCAAGCCUUUAGAUAUCAGUUAAACAACAUAUCUCGCCAAGGCUUCAACGUGUGCUGAACAAAUAUAUAACACAACGAGCGUUCAGCUGUUUGUGGAGGCUAUAACAGUGCAUGGAUGCUUUGAGAAUUGGUUUAGAUGUGUCCUCGUUGGUAUCAGUUGUUUGUACUUAUGUAUAGUAUAUCUGAUUGAUUGAAGUAACAGUAAAUAUCCCUAUAACAUUACACAACUCUAUCUGGAUACAAAAAAAGGAUAUAAUAAAUGUUUUGACGUUUGAAAAGCGUGCAUUAAAUUUGCAUUUUGAGGUAUAAUUUAAAUGUGAUCUUGCCUGCUUCCAGACGGAGAUUUGAACUCUGACAACAAGUCUAACACACACCCUUGUGUUGCAUUUCAAACGUUCACUUGUUCAUUAAUAUGGGUUACAUGUUCUUUAAAAAUCUCUAUGCGUUUUCAAUGUGUGUAAUUUCUGGAGCAUCGUUCAUAACAUUUUCAAUGUCCAAAAUAAACUUUGUAUACAAGUCAGACCAGGGCGGAACAGGUGGUGUUUGCUUUACAGGAAUUUGUAAACAAAUGGUCGUUUCCUCGUCAACACUUAGGACAUAUGUACAAAUGAGAGAAGGGUUCCUUUUUCAGCUGUUCACAAUGUUUCACAUCUGAAACAUGGCAUAAAAAUCAAGACAAGUUCUGAACUUUGCUAUUUGUGAUAUUUUUAUUUCUUAUAUUUUUUUAUUCCAAACCAAAAAUUUGGACUUCGUUCAGAUGUAGUUUUAACGCAUAACUCAUAAACGAUUCAAUAUUUUCACAAAGCGUUGCUUGUACGAGGCAACUGCUGGAAUGGCGCCUUUUGUUAUUCGGGAAACUACAUAGUGGUGUUGUGUAUAUAUGAAACUACAGAGUGGUGUUGUGUAUAUAUGAAACUACAGAGUGGUGUUGUGUAUAUAUGAAACUACAGAGUGGUGUUGUGUAUAUAUGAAACUACAGAGUGGUGUUGUGUAUAUAUGAAACUACAGAGUGGUGUUGUGUAUAUAUGAAACUACAGAGUGGUGGUGUGUAUAUACGAAACUACAGACUGGUGUUGUGUAUAUACGAAACUACAGAGUGGUGGUGUGUAUAUAUGAAACUACAGAGUGGUGUUGUGUAUAUAUGAAACUACAGAGUGGUGUUGUGUAUAUAUGAAACUACAGAGUGGUGGUGUGUAUAUACGAAACUACAGAGUGGUGUUGUGUAUAUACGAAACUACAGAGUGGUGGUGUGUAUAUAUGAAACUACAGAGUGGUGUUGUGUAUAUAUGAAACUACAGAGUGGUGUUGUGUAUACAUGAAACUACAGAGUGGUGUUGUGUAUAUAUGAAACUACAGAGUGGUGGUGUGUAUAUAUGAAACUACAGAGUGGUGUUGUGUAUCUAUGAAACUACAGAGUGGUGUUGUGUUUAUAUGAAACUACAGACUGGUGUUGUGUAUAUAUGAAACUACAGAGUGCUGUUGUGUAUAUAUGAAACUACAGAGUGGUGUUGUGUAUACAUGAAACUACAGAGUGCUGUUGUGUAUAUAUGAAACUACAGAGCGGUGUUGUGUAUAUAUGAAACUACAGAGCGGUGUUGUGUAUAUAUGAAACUACAGAGUGGUGUUGUGUACAUAUGAAACUACAGACUGGUGUUGUGUGUAUAGAUAACUACAGUGGUGUUGUGUACAUGUGAAACUACAGAGUGGUUGUGUGUAUAUAUGAAACUACAGAGUGGUGUUGUGUAUCCAUGAAACUACAGAGUGGUGUUGUGUUUAUAUGAAACUACAGACUGGUGUUGUGUAUAUAUGAAACUACAGAGUGGUGUUGUGUAUAUACGAAACUACAGAGUUGUGGCGUGUAUUCGAAACUACAGAGUGAUGUUGUGUUUAUAUGAAACUAAAGAAUGAUGUUGUGUAUAUAGGAAACUAUAGGGUGGUGUUGUGUAUAUAGGAAUCUACAGAGUGGUGGUGUGUAUAUAUGAAACUACAGUUAGGUGUUGUGUAUACAUGAAACUACAGGGUGGUGUUGUGUAUACAUGAAACUACAGAGUGGUGUUGUGGUUAUAUGAAACUAUAGUGUGGUGUUGUGUAUACAUGAAACUACAGAGCGGUGUUGUUGUUAUAUGAAACUACAGACUGGUGUUGUGUAUAUAUGAAACUACAGACUGGUGUUGUGUAUAUAGGAAACUACAGAGUGGUGUUGUGUAUAUAUGAAACUACAGAGUGGUGUUGUGUAUAUAUGAAACUACAGACUGGUGUUGUGUAUAUAUGAAACAACAGAGUGGUGUUGUGUAUAUAUGAAACUACAGACUGGUGUUGUGUAUAUAGGAAACUACAGACUGGUGUUGUGUAUAUACGAAACUACAGAGUGGUGGUGUGUAUGUACGAAACUACAGAGUGGUGUUGUGUGUAUAGAUAACUACAGAGUGGUGUUGUGUUUAUAUGAAACUAAAGAAUGGUUUUGUGUAUAUAUGAAUCUACAGAGUGGUGUUGUGCACACAUAAAACUAUAUAGUGAAAUUUGGUAUAUACGUGAAACUACAUAUGCCUUUUAUCUAUACACGAAGCCAUUGUGUCCUUUUGUGAGUGGAAAUUUUACUCAUUCACUUCAUCUUUACUUUCCACUGACUUUGUCUCUUAUUACAGCGUAGUCCAAAAUGAAGGCCCUGAUUCGGUUUGUCACUGCGUUCCAAUCAUUUAUCAUCAUCAUAAUUACACUGAUGCCUGAGUGGGGCUGGAUUUGGAUGAUCAGCUUCACUGCUAUCUUGGGUUUUUCAUAUUUAUUUAAUUAAUAUAUUCCAAUAUUUUGUCUAAGAUUAGUGAAAACGUAAAAUGGAGAUGUUUUUUUCCAACUUCAAAACCUACACAAACCUGAACUGUCUCUGUCUCUGACACACGGGGCAUGCCACGCCUUCUGCUACUGCCUGGUGUCAGUUGUGAAGAAUAAAUUGCUUAUUAAAGUUUAA